AUGCUUGAAACCCUCAAACCUGGCAUGACCAAACCGGAUGUUGUCCGUUGCCCUGAUGGCCACUUUCGACGAGCUGUGUAUGGUCUUGGACCAUACAUAGCUGACUAUCCCGAGCAAGCACUGCUUGCAUGUAUUGUACAAAAUUGGUGUCCAAAAUGCACUGCACCAGCAGAUGGUCUCGAUGAAGGCACAUAUGGCCAAUGUUCCCGCGAUCACACCGAAGUUUUGGUUGAGGAAUUUGAACUAGGUGUUCUGUGGGAUGAAUACGGCCUUGUUGGAGACAUUGUGCCAUUCACUAAUUACUUUCCACACGCCGACAUACACGAGCUCCUCUCCCCAGAUAUCUUACACCAGCUCAUCAAGGGAGCAUUCAAGGACCACCUAGUUAAGUGGAAGCCAAUGCAAACAAGAUACUGGACGACAUUGACCAUCGCUCCGGUGUUUGCAGGCCUUCGACGAUUUCCAGAGGGUAGAGGAUUCAAACAGUGGACUGGUGACGACUCAAAAGCUCUCAUGAAGGUCUACAUACCUGCUAUCAAAGGUCACGUACCCACAGAAAUGGUACAGGCUUUGCGAGCGUUACUCGACUUCAUCUACAUCGCUCAUCGCAACAUCAUCAGCUCUAACAGCCUCGACGCAAUGGAUGACGCCUUGAAGCGUUUCCACAGGUACCGCGAGAUAUUCCAAACAUCCGGUCUCAUUCAAGCGUUCGGCGCACCAAAUGGGCUUUGUUUGUCUAUUACAGAGUCCAAACACAUUAAAGCUGUCAAGGAGCCAUGGCGCCGGUCGAGUCGUUUCGAAGCUCUCAGUCAAAUGUUACUUACCAAUCAAUGUCUCGACAAGCUAGCCGCUUCAUGUGUUGAUUUUACUGACCAUGGGAUGCUACGAGGGACGUGUUUGUCAUACGUCCUCAACAAACUUGGGAUACUAAACACUCCAUUGGAAGCACACAUUGAACGAGAUAUCCCAGACCAGGAUGAGCCUUUUGGACGCUACCAUCAUGCAACUAAUGAUGCCGAAGGUCAUGCAGACGAGGAUGAGGGUAACACCAACGCUGAGCCUGACACCAAUGCCAUUGAUGGGCCAACAGUACUACUUGCCCAUGUUGACCUGGCAAAGACAGCUGCCAAACGGAUCUACCCAGAGCUCAUUGCAAAUCAGAUAGGUCAACCCAACUUCACGACUUUGAUUCAGCAUUUUCUGCAUGACCAAUGUCGCUCUGACUCUGAAUCAUCUAGCUCUGACUCGUCCCGGUCUGCACUUCCUGAGAUCUAUGAAAAGAUCACACUGUACACUUCAGCCGUGGCCACCUUCUUCGCUCCUAGUGAUUUAUCGGAAAUUGGCGGUAUGCGCUACGAGCGUAUUCGUGCUGUAGAUACCUGGAGAAAUGGCCCUGGGCGCUAUGAUUGCGUCUUUGUUAGCACUGAUUCAACUGCCGAUGGCAUGCGCAGCCUCGACAUUGCUCGAGUGAGACUAUUUUUUUCUUUGAAGCAUGAUGGUAUCACGUACCCUUGUGCACUUGUACAGUGGUUCAAACGUGUGGCUGACUCCCCAGAUGAAAUUACGGGAAUGUGGGUUGUAGAGCCGGAGCUUCUUGAAGAUGGAGCACGCUGUGCGUCUGUCAUCCACCUUGAUUGUAUAUUUCGUGCAGCCCACCUUAUACCAGUAUUUGGGGGUGACUUUGUGCCAACCAAUCUCACUUACUCGCAGACACUCAAUGCUUUUUUCACUUAUUAUGUCAACAAUUUCAUUGAUCACCAUGCAUAUGAGAUUGCAUUUUGA